CGUAUUUUUUUUUUUGGUUGGUUUUUCUCAAUGCUAAAUUUCAAAUAAAGUGAACACCGUUUGUGCUCAUUAAAUUUACUUUAUUAUUUUGUGUCCAUUAUAAUUAAAACUAUAAAAUUCAAACUUUUGUUUUCGACGCCACGGCGUGGUCAAGCCGUGACCAAAUUUGCGCGCAUCGCUUGUGUACAUAUCUGAAUUAAUCGAAAUAAAAUCGUUGUUUAAUUUCACCUGAACACUUCUCAUUCCUUUUAGCAAAUCUCAUACAUUUGGUCCUUCGAGCCGGAUAGUGUUCAGUGAAAAAUUGAAACGUGCAAGUUCAACAGGUACAGUGAAAGGCAAGUGUAGUGCGCAGGUGGUGGGGACUCAAGGCUCUCGCUCUGUGACGGACAUCGACUUGCCCGGCGAUUCUCAGUGUCGGCCAUAUUGGCUUCUCUCCACACUAUAUUACUCUCUCUCUCAACACGUUGUGCGCGCUCUCUCUCUCUCUCAUUGGAAAGUGCUCUCUCUCUCUCAACACGUUGUGCGCGCUCUCUCUCUCUCUCUCUCUCAUUGGAAAGUGCUCUCUUUCUCAACACGUUGUGCGCGCUCUCUCUCUUUCUUUCAACACAGUGCUCGCUCAGUGUAACAGACUAGAGAUCCGCUCGCCCGGUUUCAGUGUCAGCCAUCUUUGCUCGGUUCGUCUCUUCACUUUCCGAUCCCUCACGACCGUCUCCGACGGAAACCGAAUUUUUUGAUUCUCUCCUCACACACUUCUUGCUCAACUCUCGCCAUGAACACUGAUUCAAAAGAAUCUGUCAACUCAGCUGACGAAACUCAACCACCAAACAAGGAACAAUCUCAUGCUCAAACUCUUCUCUCACCAGAUACGGAAAUUAAAGAAGUAAUUUCAACAAUGGAAAAGCUCACAGUUAAAGAGGAAAGCUCAACUGUCAAAAAUGUGGAUUCUCAACCAAGUACAUCUCAAGGUCAAUACAACAUUUCAAAAAAAGGUGCACACUCAUACAAAGGUAAAGAUAAGUUUAUCAAAGACACUCAUGCCGACCACUCGGUGUGGCUCAAUUUCAAGGUUGCUACUCAAACGAGUAGACUCAACUUAAUGAUAGAAUCAUUUGAACAACUUCAAAAAUUCUCAAGCCGGUAUUCACUCAGCGAGCUCAACUCAAUGAAAACAAUCUUUGAGGAUCUCUGGACGGAAUUUUCACAGGCUCAUGAAGAAAUCGGGGAAAAAUGUGACAACUCAUUUUUUACAACUCCUUACAUGACGGAGGAAUGUUUUGAACAGGGAUUCAAAACUUUCAUGGACUCAAAGAUUACAAUCAACUCACUCAUCGAACAACUUAAACAACCAGUGUCACAAUUAACUCAACAAACAGAAAACUCUCAACCUAAACGCCGACAGCUCCCAGAAAUUUCAUUGCCAAAAUUUUCUGGGGAUUACUCGGCUUGGACCUCAUUCAGAGAUUUAUUUCAAUCACUUGUCGGGCAAAAUUCAGAAAUCUCAGGAGUGGAAAAAAUGCAUUAUUUACGGACAUCUCUUACUGAUGAGGCAGCUCAAUUGAUUGCCAAUCUCCCCCUCUCAAGUGACUCAUUUUAUUCGGCUUGGGAAUUACUCACUUCUCGCUAUGAAAAUAAACGGUUACUUAUUGCAUCUCAAAUGGACAAACUUUUCAACUCAAAGAUUAUCUCACCAAAAUCAGCUGGAGAUCUCAAUGCGCUCAUCACCACUACAACGGAAUCACUCAAUGCACUCACUUCUCUCGGUGCUCCAGUUGACUCAUGGGAUCUAAUUCUUGUUCAUUUUAUCAUUCGAAGAUUGGACACUCAAACCAGGGAAUCCUGGGAAGUUAAACAAGGCUCACGGACAACAUCCCCUACUUACAAAGAACUCAAGGACUUUCUCACUGGGCGUGCUCGUGCCCUUGAAAAUAUGCAGUUAAAUUCAACUCAAUAUUCUCAGGCAGCAAAAUCAACGGCGUCAACCUCAACCUCAAAGUCAACUCAAUCAACAUCAAAAUCAGCAAGGGCUCUCACUGCUUCUCAUCAAGACUACGGAUUUGCUUGCUCAUGUUGUCAACAAUCUCACUAUAUUGUAGUUUGUGAGAAAUUCAGGAACCUUUCUACUCAAGACAGACGAGAGUUUGUCAAAACUCAACGGCUGUGUUAUAAUUGUUUGGGGAGACACUCAGCUCACUCUUGUCAAAGCGACAAGCGGUGCAGGGAAUGCAACGGUAAGCAUCAUACAAUGAUUCACGUUGAUGACUCACGGACGAAAUCAACCAAGGAUGCUUCUCAAUCAACAACAACACAACCUGCUCAAAGUGAUGACAGCUCAAAUUGACUAAAUAAUUUGACAUCUCAAGCUCAAACAUAGAUCUCAUCAUUGGAGCGGAUCACUAUGGGCAAUUACUUCAACCAGACAUCAUUAAAGGAACGGAAUCAUCACUCACUGCUCAAAAAACACUCUUUGGUUGGGUCAUUCUUGGACCUGUCAAGGUUUCCUCACCACAAGCUUGUCAAUCUUAUCAUCUCUCGGUCAAUCAUGAACUCAAUGAUCUACAAGACCUUCUUACUAAAUUUUGGGUUCAGGAGGAAGUACCACUCAAGGAAAAGGACUCACUCACACCGGACGAAUUAGAGUGUGAAACUCAUUUUCAAAAUACUCAUUCACGGGACUCAACUGGAAGGUACAUCGUACGACUACCACUUAAUCAACCUGCAAGUCAACUGGGCGACUCACUACUUACUGCUCAACGA